UCGCGUCGGCGCUUUGUUGGACGUCGAAGUAAAACCGGCAAUUCGGCAGUCGCUGUAAGCACAUGACAUGGUUUGGCGUGAGGCAUCGCGACGCUCGUCUGGUAGACCGUCGGUGUAUAAAUAAUAUCGUAGAUUUCGAACAGACUACGUUAUACAGGAUCAAUAGUGCGCUUGGGUGCAAGUUCGCCACGGGGGAAAUAGUGCAAGUGGUGCAGUGCACGCUUUUCGGGGUGGUAUGCUUGAAAACAAGAAGUUGAUGCCACUAGAGAACAUACUCUACACACGUAGUAGCGUUGACCAAUUGGGGCAUCUUUUGAGCUGAAGAUCCUCUCUGUCCAUCUCGCAAUAUUCCUUUGGCUCUUUUUUUCAAGAAUGCCACCCCUGGUCAGGUGAUGGACGGGAUCCAGCCCAGCUCUAACCGGUGACGGGCAGCCAGGAAUGUUCAUCCCCGAUACACUGCGCAGCUGCAUGGUGGAACCCGAUGUUUCGUCGUAUCUGCAGACGCCGUCCUCGGGACAGCAGGACGAGUUCCAUCCUUUCAUCGAGGCAUUGCUUCCCUUUGUCAAGUCAUUUGCCUACACGUGGUUCAACCUUCAGGCAGCUAAAAGAAAAUAUUAUAAAAAACAUGAAAAACGAAUGUCGAUGGAAGAAGAACGACAGUGUAAGGAGGCACUUCAGAACGAGAAGGCCGAAGUUAAACAGAAAUGGGCAUCGAGGCUCUUGGGAAAACUUCGAAAGGAUAUUACACAGGAAUGCAGAGAAGACUUCGUGCUCAGCAUUACGGGAAAGAGGCCGGCAACCUGCGUUCUGAGCAAUCCGGAUCAGAAAGGGAAAAUGCGACGGAUCGAUUGUCUCAGACAGGCAGAUAAGGUCUGGCGAUUGGAUCUGGUGAUGGUGAUACUUUUCAAGGCGAUACCUCUCGAGAGCACAGACGGAGAGAGGCUUGAAAAGAGUCCUGAUUGUUCUCAGCCAGGAUUAUGUGUGAAUCCAUAUCAUAUAAACGUCUCUGUACGGGAAUUGGAUCUCUACUUAGCGAAUUUCAUCAAUUGUCAUGAAUUAUUAAUUAGAGAUGGACUGUUUUUCUCUAACAAUAAGAAGGACGAUGAUCGGAAAAACAAAGUUGCAGGAUACACCCACAAUCCUUACAACGGUGUUAUAGUUAAUGAAAUAAUAAUAGCAACUGGAGUGUUUUCGUCAGAGGAACUGUGGAAAUUAUCAAAAUCGUCGAUUCUCCACGAAUUGUCCGACCCUCAGCCCAACGUCAACAGUGUUAAAUUAGAGCACCCUUCUUAUUACUCCAACAACUACAAUGAAGGUCCUGUAGUGGACAGAUCAACAUCGGUUGAUGCUAUGGUCGUCUCUGCUGCCUAUUCCAUGUCCCAAAAUACCACGUUAGUGUCUUCCAGUUCUCAAGCGAGUCCAAGUCAUUUAUUUUAUCAGCACAGUCCGGAUUCGCAUCAGCACCACCAAAAUCAGGUUAAAUAUCAGGAAAAUGGCCACGAUACACUCACCGACUUCGUGACUUACGUUUGCCAAGAAACGGAGAACGAUCAGAACAGCCAGAUGCAGACGAACCUGUCGAGGAGCCCAAAGCCGCAGUACUUCCCUUCCACCAUGUUGCCGCCGCCGCCGCUGCCCCCGAUGGCGAGGCCGGUCGCCCUCAUUCGAUCCACAGUCGACGCGACCAUGAGCGGUACAAAUUCACCACCCGCCAGCAUCACGCCACCCUGUAGCGAGACGUCGGCGGCGGACGACGUCCCCGACAUCAGCUCCUCUCCGCCACUGAGUCCCGGAAGGCACGACAGGAGAAAGUCGCCGACGCAGAGGAACUCAGUGCCGCCGACGAGUCCCUAUUCUCCGAACAGGGACUACUUCAACCAUUUCCACGGCCAACCGGGACAUAUUUUCAGUUACCCCAAUAUGGGAGGAAUGACUGGUGUUAUCAGUCCUACCAACCUCAGUAUGUACAGUCCGACAGUACCCUGUUCGAGAAGUACUCCUCGUACGAGCAUACCACGAUGGAACACCCCACUAUUUACCCUUGAUCAAGAGGACUUCAACAUGAUCGCUCAUCAAGCUAACACAGAACCAAACGCCAUAAUACUGAUGGAAGACGGUACAACGGCUACCAGCACGUCUGAACAUGCUAGUCAGUGUUGCACAAGUGCGAAUCUGUUAAGUGAUGCGGAUAGGUUUUUCCAGGCCAGUGAUUUAGAGACCUCGACAUCCAGAGAGAAUGAUCAGUUAUCGACACCGACGUCACCUUAGUAAUGUAUUCACAACGAUCAAUUAACUGCCUUAAGCGGCUUUAUUGCCAAUUUGAGUGUGAUUAUUAAGUUGGAUUUUGAUAUUUUUUAGCGCGUUUUCGUGCGUAUGGGGGCUGCUCAAAUAGUUUAGUUGAGAGAGGGGGGAGGGGAGGUAAGGAUAGAAAACCCCUAUCGUUGUUUUUGAUCAUGAUUCGGAAGAUAACUGCUUGAAAACUUAGGAUCUAGCAGCGCCACACUCGACGCAAAACUGUGCACUUCUAGAUCCUAAAUUCAACUCCAAUCGACACAAAUCUCCAUGAGACAAUAACAAACAGGAUUUAUCAAAAAGCGACCAUCACCUAGAAGUUUCUUACGAAUCAUCAUCAAAAUACAAACGUUAAAAAUUUCAAAUGUUUCGUUCUCAUCCAGGAAUCUCCUAAAGAAUCUAUAUGUGAAUAAAAGUGAAACUAUUUAGGGACCAAAUUGCAAUGUUGUAAAUUGAAUGAAAAAUUCCUACUUGAUAACAUCUACGAACUUUGAAAUGUACUUCUCUGAAUAUUCUAAAUUAUUGUCGAACUGUCGUUUUAACUCAGACGAUCGAACACUCAACUCAUGAAUUUCAUUACACACAUUCAGUUCAAACAAUUUUAAAAAUGCCACUAAAUAUAGGUGUUUGAAUAGGAAUCAUACAAUUUUAAAUUGAUAUAAUGGCAACACUGUGUAUUAUUUCUUUGACAUUUCUUAUGUCAUUUGUGUUCACUAGGUUAUGUCAUUUGAUCAUGGAAAUAUUGAAGCUUCAACAUUGUUUAGAAAUUGUUUUAUCAAGAUCAAUGCUCAUUUGUGAAUACUGAGACAAAUUUGAGAAGUAUAUAUGGACGAUAUUAUACAGGUAAUCGACUCGUAUUGUUGACAAAUUUGAAAAUGAUUUUUUUUUAUACGACACAAGAACACCAGUACCUAACAAGCCCUGAGCUGUAUUUGGUACCACUUUCAAAAAUGUCUACAAUACCACGAAUGGUGAGUCGAUUAAUUAAAUAAUGUCCUUCAUGCAUUGGAUAACUGUUUAAAUAACCUAACCUAACCUACUAAACACAAAUGACAUAUGAAAUGUCAAAUAAUGAUACACAGUGUUGCCAAUAUAACCAUUUCAAAUAUUAUUCCUCUUAGAAAACCCUUAUCACAUAAUAACAAAAAAAAAAAAACGGUUUUGGUUUAAAGUUUCGACACCUUUGGACCUUUCCAAAAUUCUUUCGAACGCGCACAAUCAGUCAGAAGUGAUGCGAUUCCUGUUUGAAGCGAACGAAACAAAUUAGAUUUAAAAAAAAAAUUAUGUAAUUAUGCAGAAUAGAUGAACAACUGAUCCGAGAUAAGACAGUCCUAAGACGGAUUGAAUUGAAAAUAGACACAGUUUCAGUUGAAUCCGUCUCUAAGGCCACCAUAGGAGCCUUUGAGCUGUCGUGAACUCGGUGAAGUGCAAUAAUUUUUCUGAUUCCGUUCCUAUGUUGGGUAGUAUAUCCAGCGGUGCUUGUCUUCCAUAAUUAUGGCUUGUUUUUUCAAGAACAAGCAGUGAGCUGGGUUUGUGCCUUAGUAUUACAAUAAUAUUGACCCUGUUAACAGUUAUAACAUUAACAUGUUGUAAUCAAGCUUGUUUAAUAAGAUAGAAAGGCUCAAUCGAUUAAUAUAGUGUACCUACAUCUGAGUAAAAUUGAUGCAAUUCUUACCACCACUAAUGUGGUAUCAAAGAGGACUUCGUUUCACUAUCAUUGGUCUGCAAAUAAUGUAGUAAUUUUUUUUUAAAACGCUCCUUUUUGUUGUUACCUUCUACGUAUAUCUUCAGAGCAAGUUAGUCGUGGAUAUUGAAUCUGAGUACUCUCAUAAGAACUGCAUUGAUAUUUAUUGAAAAAAAAUCCACUGUUGAAUACAGAUAAAGGCUGUUACUUCACAUAAACUGAUUGAUUGACUGUUAUCGAGAUAAUCCAAUUUUUUGACUGGUAACAUUUGAAUCCUAUGAAUAUGUAACUCCUUCAUAUUAAGCACUUAUCUUUCACCUAAAACUUUCAGUCAAUCUAUCAAAAACCGUUCUUUAUACGAAAAGGAGUACCUACGUAGAUUAAAAAAUCGAUACAGCUUUUUCUAAGCCUGUCAACUCCAACUGUUGGGGGAAUUCUCAAUAAAAAGAUACAAAUAUAUUUAUGUACUUAUGAUAUUCUUGAUCUUAGAGGGACAAUCGUCAUUUUUUCAAGUAUGUAAAAAUCAAUCUCUAAUCAAACAUAGGUUUUGCUUGGAAAUCUGAUGAAUUGUAUUUAAAUGUGGGUUCUUUUUCAUCAGAACCUACAUUCAAUUCAAGUUGCCCUCCAAUUAUCAUUAAAAAAAUGUCGAACGAAUUCUACUGUGAUUGUUAGGUCAAAAGCCUUCUGUAUAGGUCAGGUCAUGAUAUUUGUCAGGUCAUGCUUCUCUAUUAUUUCAAAAUUUGACAGGUAGUCAGGUGUAGUUUUUUACUAUGCCUUUUCGAGCUUGUUUUUUAGUGUUGUGUAUGGUAUUAUCCGCGAAUAUUCUGAGUAAGGCACAAUUUUCCAUAUGAUCUCAUGAAAUAUUGUGAAUACUGAAACGAUUUUGGCGGAUAUUAGGUAUAUUUUGUUUGUUCAGAUUCUUUAUAUUGUAUUCUAGCAAUACGUUGGCUCUUGAUUUAAGCCAGAAGAGUCGUUGUUAUAUGGUUGAAAUUAUGUUUUCAAUGUUUGUGUUCGUUGAUUAUGAUAUUUUAUUGAGAAAAUGUGGUAUUCAGAAUCGGAUUAUUUGAUGAGAGGAAAUUUAUUAUUAUUAUUAUAUACCUAUCCUAUAUAUUAUUAUUCUCAUUAUAAAUAAAACUGUAAAUAAAACGACACCUUUGUUACUUAUGCGUAUACUUUUAGAAUCGGGUGAUAUUUAACCAGUGCCAUUGAUAUUGUUGAUUACCUACAUUGUUAGACGUAUAAACGUCAGUAGAGGUUAAAAUUAGUAAGCUUAACCAAAAAUGUAUGAGUUUAAGAUUAAAUCAGAGGGUUUAUUUAAUAA